AUGGGUUGCAUGAUAUCAUUACAAAGAAAAGUGAGUGAGGCUCAAGAAUUCCAAACUGAAAUAAGCGUGGAUGCUGGGUUUUUAUUGAAACAGAACCACGAGCUUAUGGGAAAGGAGGCAGGUGGGAUGGAAAAUGUGGGAUAUACUCGAGAAAACUUGAAACGAUAUCUUCGUACUCGACGGAAAAGGAGUUUGAAAUAUGGAGAAACAGGUAGCAUGUUGAAUUAUUUUCAAGAGCAAACACUCGAGGAUCCAUCAUUUUUUCAUGCCGUACAGCUAGACUGUGAAGAGCAGAUAACGAAUAUCUUUUGGGUUGAUGCAGGAAUGUUAAUUGACUACAACUUUUUUGGGGAUGUAGUCACAUUCGACACAACGUACAAAACAAAUAAAGAAUACCGGUCACUUGGAGUGUUUGUGGGUUUUAACCAACAUAGGCAAAUUGUGAUAUUCGGUGCUGCCCUUAUAUAUGAUGAGACUAUAGAUUCUUUCAAAUGGGUGUUUGGUACAUUUCUAGAAGCAAUGUGCGGAAAGCAUCCAAGUACCAUACUAACCGACCAAGAUCACACCAUGGCAGCCGCUUUUUCAGUUGUCAUGUUUGAAACAUUUCACGGUCUAUAUACGUUUCACAUAAGGCGUAAUUUUAUGAAACAUCUUGGCAAUCACUAUAAGGAAAAUAGUGAUCUUCCAUACAUGUUUGGUGCCUGCAUGUAUGAGUUUGAAGAAAUGGAACAAUUCAAUAGGGUGUGGGAGGCGAUGGUGAAGAAACACAAUCUUAAAAAUAAUAAAUGGCUCUCCGGGUUGUAUCGAAUUCGUGAUAAAUGGGCAAGGUGCAUGAUGAAAGAAAGAUGGACCUCGGGAAUGCGAAGCACCCAACUUAGCGAAAGCCUAAAUGCAGCAAUUAAAAAUCAUUUGAAACUGGAUCAUGAUCUUGUGCAGUUCUUUAGACAUUUCAAUCCGGUGGUUGAUGAAAAGAGACAUAAUGAACUGAUCGCAGAAUAUGAAAUGAGGCAAAAGCUCCCUAUGGUAGGGUUAAGUUAUGGUUAUAUUGAGACAAAAAGAUGUAGCGAUGUUUGUGGAGUUUGCGGUCAUGAGGUGUUUGAUACCGUGGGCAUACAAAUAAUUCCUCCUGAAUACAUUAAGAGGCGAUGGACUAAAAGAGCUCGGGAUAGAGACUGUUUUGAUCAGCAAGGACGGGAAGUUGUGGCUAACCCUAAAGGAAUGAUUUCAACUCGUUAUCGGGAGCUCGCUCCAGCCAUGAUUAAGGUCGCAAUUCGAGCAGUAAUGUCGGAAGACACCAGCAAAGUAGCAAUCACUGUCAUAUUCGAUUUGGCAAAAAGUGUUGAGCUCCUUCUCUCAAAAAGCGAAGAGCAACCUUUGCAAAAUCAAAAAAAUCUGAAUAUGGAGGAACGAGAUAAAAUUGAAAUUGUCUCAAAAUCGUUGCUGACAUCGGUUGCAUUUGAGGAAUACAUAUUUAUGGGAUGCCAUUCAUCUAUUGACUCUGUUUCGACGCAUUCAAUGAGCCAGACAGUGAAUGGCCCUUCAAACGCUGUUGCUUCCGAUAUCGAUGAAAGUGAAACGGUCCACCGUUUGGCUAAUCAGGGGCCUCCUGCAAGUGUCCCUACAGAAUGGAUGCAUCCCAUAUUUUUUAUUUUUUUCAAGCAUAACUCCGUCAGAGAUGUCUUAAUGGAGGAGCGUGCGGCAAUUUCAACACACUGUGAUAUUGAUACAUAUCAUGUAUUUGCACCAUCACCCCAGGGAAGAUAUAACACCCAGAGAUUGCAACUACGCGUUGACGUCACCUCCCCUGAGAAUAAGGUUGGUGAAUUAUGUGUAACUAUACUUUUUGAACGAGACAUUAAGUGGUUGUCCCAACCUGGGAAUGCUGCAUAUAUACGUUACAAGCAGUUAAUAUGCUGUUACAACUUAUUGAUGAGGUUGUACAGGCACCAUUGA